UUAAGGAAACCAACGCAACUAAAACCGAGUCUUAUACGCGCCUCUCCGCCGGGUUCCGUCCUCGAGUGUGCGACUUGAGAACUCGGGGAGUCCCGUUAAAGUGAACUGGGGGAGCAGAGAGCUCAAGGCGCGACUUCUGGGAGUUAAAAAACGGACCUUACCGUCUCCGAAGAUCCGCGACUGCCUUGUGACAGCAACAACACAACACGGAAACGCUGUGGGCGAGCUCUUGACUGCGCAUGCGCCGCGGCGAGAGCGCGUUGACGACAGACGGGGUUAAUCCGAAUUUCCCUAUAGGGGCCAAUUGUUGGUCCAAACUGGGAGAUGGGAAGAAGAAUAUUCCAUCAAUAUUGUUCAAGCUCCUCCCCCUUCCCUCCUUCCAUCUUUCCCUCCCUCCCCUCUCCACUUGGACCAUCAGCAGACAAACCAUCCGGAGGAUGUUGUCAUCUCGCUCCUCGUGCUCUGGCCCACCUCCAUCUAACCAGACAACGACCUCUGACUCCCGGCGCAUCGCCAUGGAAACAUACUGGCGGGAGGUCCAAAGCAUCGAAGAGGAACAGGAAGGUGAAGACGAAGAGGAAGAAGAGAGGAAGAGUAUGGAUGAGGUGGAGCUGGAGGAAGCGUGGCUAACAGAGGCGGGGCUAUCGUCGCUGGUGAUGGGCUCGUCAUCAGAGGAGGCUCCGCCUCCGGCUGAGGCACUCCUGUCCACGCUGACGCACCAACAGGCCGCCACUGUCAAGACGAGACUGGACAAUUACAAGCACACGCUGAGGGCAAGAAACCGACCAAUCAGAGACGUGCGAGACAUCUUUGGGGUAAGCACAAAAAAUGAUGGUGCACACAGGCUGUCUUGACACUUGUCUCUCCAGUCGGACUUUGACUUGGAAGCAAGUCCCGCUUCCCCUAGUCAAUGCAGCGAGUCGCCGCCGAGUCGCUACCAUAUCACCACGAAAACUAUUCGCCGCAACACAACAUCAGUGCGACCCAUGCUUCCCAGUUUUCAUCUACCUGACGACACGUUAUACCCCGCACACACACCCCCAUCUUCCACGCACACAUCCACCUCGUCGCCCACCCCCAGCCAGACGAGGCAAGCUGAUUGGCUGGUGCGUGACUGUCCCUACUCGGAAGGUGUGGCCGAGCAUAAAAGGGGCGGGGCACAUUGUUGGGAUUGCCAGCGUUUCCGGGGAGAGGACAGCAAAGACACGCCGUUUGUUUGUCCACCUCAGGGUGUCACUUUGGCAGAUGACCUGUCCUCAGGUGACUUGAAGCGACUGGGUUUCAUCUGCCACAUUGAGCUCGCCACCUUCCUUCAGGCUAUGGGCGUGCAAACCAAACGCACCCGGCCACCGCGCUGCAGGAGCUGGGACGGCGCCGUCUUUGGCGUUCCUCUCAACACGCUGUUGGAGAACGACAGGAAGAAGUUUCCAGCGGUCAAAGUCCCUGUCGUAUUUCAGAAGUUGUUGAGUGUUUUAGAGCAGAACGGUUUGCAGACCGAAGGUAUUCUCAGGGUAUCCGGAUCAGCUGCUCGACUCAAGUACCUACGCAGAGAGCUAGACAGGUGUCCAGAGGGAUUCGACUGGUCCAAGGUGAGACAGGUGGACGCUGCGGGUCUGCUCAAGCUUUUCAUCCGAGAGUUGCCCACUCCUCUGCUGACACAUGCACACCUGCCAACCUACCAGGCUGUACUGGGUAUGUCAUCAGUGGUCCACCAGGUUCAAGCACUGCAGAUGUUGUCGUUGUUGCUUCCCGAGUCCAACAGAGAAACUCUGAGAGCGCUGCUGGGGUUCCUCAGUAAGGUUGUCUCCCAUCAGGACCAGAAUAGGAUGUCUCUGUGGAAUGUCUCCAUGGUCAUGGCGCCCAACCUCUUUGCCCACCACCAGCGUGGCAACAAGCGCUCCUUGGCCAAGCAGCAAGAGGACAUGGAGGAGGCGGUGGGCGGGGCUCACCUGGUGCACCUGAUGGUCGCGAACCAGGACGUCUUGUGGACGGUGCCCAACUUCCUGUUGUCGCAGCUGAGACAAAUGAACCAAGCGUCCAAUCACAAGUUGGGGCUGUCCCGUCCGGGACGUCUGCUCAGGAGCAGGAACGACAAAAACAAGAAGCAGGUCACAGAGCUGUGCGUUGGCCUCAUCAAGGUUCACGCCCCCCUACACACCAAAGUUUCCAUGGCGAUACAGCUUGACAGACAGAUGACAGCCAGAGAUGUCACCGCCCACUUCAAGUGUGACAACAGUCGCGUUCAGCGUCUCUAUGAAGUCGGAGGAAACAUCGGCGAGCGUCGUCUCCACCCAGAUUGUCUUCUAUUGGACGUUUACCAUGUGAACCCUCGCUGCGAUUGGCUCAUCAAACCCUGACACGCCCACCUUUGAUCCUCUCCUGAGGAUGUUGCAUAAAACCGGACGAUCAUGUGAUGGUUCUUGCUGCUAAAGUGUCGGUUUUCAGGUUACUUUUAAGACUACAUAUGCAAGACAAACCCAAUCCAGUAAGUUCUUGCUCUACCAAUGACUGAUGCACUUGUCUUCUCCUGAAUGCAUGCGGGCUAAUGCGGUUUACAGACCACCGAUGCACUUUAGAAAGGUGGCACAUCUAAAGCACUUUCAGUCUCUCUGAGCACCAAGCCCCUUUUUUAAAAUGUUUCUCAGAUAUACUUGCCCUGUAAUGUCAAUACACAUCCACUCUGUACAAUUAUUGUACAUUUCUGCUCAUUAAACUGAACAGAAGUGUUUUAUUUCAAAUAGAAUUGAGCCACCUAUGUACAAAGUUUGAUUCUGACUGAAAAACAUGACAUUUCAUCGCACGUUUCGACCACCAUUAAAAAAAAAAAAAAAACCUGGAGAGUCCAGCCCAGUCCAGAUGUUAGGAGCAGCUCAUAUUAUCCAUUUGUGACUCCUCAGCAGCC